AUGUCCUGUGAGCUCUGGAACGGUCGCCGGGAGCAGUGGCGUGCGCCUGUAAUCCAAGCUACCGGGAGGCUGAGGCUGGAGGAGCGGUUGAGCUCAGGAGCUUUGAGCUGCAGUGGACUAUGUCGAUCGGGUGUCCGCACUAAGUUCGGUAUCGAUAUGGUGCUCCUGGGGGAGCCUGGGACCACCAGGUCGUCUAAGGAGGGGUGCACCGGCCCAGGUCGGAAACGGAGCAGGUCAAAGCCCCCGUGCCGCUCAGUAGUGGGAUCGCGCCUGAGCACUACGCACCGGGACACCACCUGCAGGAGGAAACAGCGCAAAGACCGGGACGACGCUCACAAAGCCUCCGAGGAGUCUGCAGGAGACCAGGAGUACGCUUUCAGAGCGAGCGAGGGGUCUGCAGGUAAAGCCCAAAUGUCCCGUGAGCUCUGGAACGGUCGCCGGGAGCAGUGGCGUGCGCCUGUAAUCCAAGCUACCGGGAGGCUGAGGCUGGAGGAGCGUUUGAGCUCUGAGCUGCAGUGGACUAUGUCGAUCGGGUGUCCGCACUAA